CGCAGCUGGAGGGCCAUGCGAGAGAAAGAGGCCAAGCUCCCCAAACUUCCUGCCCCACUUUCGCAGCAGCCGGCUGCCAAGAGCGGCUGCUGAGCGACCGGGAAGGACCCGCGAGCCGCCGGGCGGCCGCCACCUCCAGCUCCCGGGGGAGAAGCGGAGCGGCGUCUUCCCUGGCAGAGCGUGCGCGCAAUGAGCGAGCCUCGGGGAAAGGCGGCGGCGGCGGCUUCGCCCCAAGGCGGCUGCCGAUGCGCCGGGGGAGUUGGUAGGGGCCCCAUCAUCCUCUCGCUGCUUUUCUCGCUCCUCUCGGUGGGCGCCUGCUUCUUGCUCAGCGCCAAGACAUCCAAGCUGCAGGGCCAGCUGCUAGCCCUUGAGGGAGAACUGGCCAGCCGCGCUUGGAGCCCGGGAGACCAGCUUGACGCCGAGCCCUUGCUCGCCCUGCUGCAGCCUCAGGUGGACAAGGUUUUCCAGGAGAAACUUGGUGAAGGAUUAGCUAAACUUCGCACAGCAAGAGAGGCGCCAUCUGAAUGCCGGUGCCCACCAGGUCCACCAGGAAGACGAGGAAAGCCUGGACGACGAGGAGAACCAGGUCCCCCAGGGCAGUCGGGACGAGAUGGUUACCCGGGCCCUCUUGGUUUGGAUGGCAAGCCAGGGCCUCCAGGACCAAAAGGGGACAAGGGUGAGCAAGGGGACAUUGGCCCAAGGGGGGAUCAAGGUAAAGAUGGCGCUGCUGGCCCACCAGGUCCUCCUGGACAGCCAGGUGCAAGAGGGCCCCCUGGAGACACAGGAAAAGAUGGCCCAAGGGGACCCCCAGGCCUCCCUGGUGAGAAAGGAGAAAUUGGAGAAGCAGGUAUCAAGGGUGAUGCUGGAAUCCCAGGAGAAUCAGGAAUUCAAGGGCUAAAGGGAGAACAAGGAAGUGUUGGGCCAAAGGGAGAAAAGGGUACAGAUGGGCUUCCAGGGCCACCGGGAGAACAAGGAAGCAUUGGCCCAAAGGGAGAGAAAGGCACAGAUGGGAUUCCAGGACCACAGGGAAAACAAGGAAGUAUUGGCCCAAAGGGAGAGCAAGGUCUAGAUGGGCUUCCAGGGCCACAGGGAAAACAAGGAAGUAUUGGCCCAAAGGGGGAGAGAGGCAUAGAUGGGCUUCCAGGACCACGGGGAGAACAAGGAGGUAUUGGGCCAAAGGGGGAGAAAGGCCUAGAUGGGCUUCCAGGGCCACAAGGUGAACCUGGUGAAAGGGGAGCUGAUGGACACAUUGGGCCAAGGGGACCUCCAGGCCUGAAGGGAGAACAGGGUGAUACUGUAGUAAUUGACUAUGAUGGCAGAAUAUUGGAAGCUCUCAAGGCUGCAGGGAAACCCAAAUUGACGGGGCCACCAGGUCCUCAAGGGCCACCGGGCCCUCAAGGUUCCCCAGGACCAAAGGGGGAACUUGGGUUGCCUGGUCCACCUGGGGUUGAUGGUGAGAAGGGUCCUAAAGGAUUGAAAGGAGACCAAGGAAGCCCUGGGCCAAUAGGACAGAAAGGAGAGAUAGGAGAAGUUGGCAUGACUGGUUUACCAGGUCCUAAAGGAUUAAAAGGAGACCAAGGAAGCCCUGGGUUAAUGGGACAGAAAGGAGAAAUAGGAGAAAUGGGCUUGUCUGGUCCACCGGGGAUUGAUGGACCAAAAGGAGAAGCUGGUGCACCCUGUGAACCGGAUCUUGUGCAAGUCAUAGCCGAACCAGGACCUCCAGGUUUACCAGGCCAACCUGGCCCUCCAGGUCCUCAAGGCAUACAAGGACCUAAGGGUCCUCAAGGAGCUCAUGGGCAUAAGGGUUCAGAUGGUGCAAAAGGUACAAAAGGUGAAAGUGGCCACAAAGGUGAAAAAGGUGCCCCUGGGCCACAGGGUCCUGCUGGUAGCCAUGGACUUAUUGGUUUACCAGGCACCAAAGGAGAGAAGGGAAAGCCAGGGGAACCAGGAUUAGAUGGCUUCCCAGGUCUAAGAGGAGAAAAAGGAGAAAAAAGUGAAAGAGGAGAAAAGGGAGAAAGAGGACUGCCAGGCAGAAAAGGAGCAAAGGGGCAAAAAGGAGAACCGGGCCCACCUGGAUUGGAUCAGCCUUGUCCAGUGUUCAUUUUUAAAGGAGAGCCAGGUUUACCAGAACUGGAUGGUGUGAAUAUGCUCUGCCCUUUGGGACCAGAUGGAUUGCCAGUACCAGGGUGUUGGCACAAGACGCAGAUGCAAAAGGGGGAGAAAACAAAAAAGAAAAAAAAGAUGCAGCCUUAGAAAUGAGACAAACUGUGGCCUCUGGUUGAGCGCAGGAGGAACUUCCAGCCUGCGAAGAUCAUACAAGUGUAACCACACAUGCUGCUACAUGCCUCCAACCUGGUGAAAAUAUUUACGUUCUGGCAUGAUAUGACUGAUUCAACCGUCUGUGGAUGCUUCUCCCAAUGAAGAAACUUUACCUCGGGGCAGAGGGAGACCCUCAGUCAAGCUUUCUAUAAUCUGAGACUAAAGGUUGAAAGAUUCUCUUGCAGAACUCUCACAGUGGUGGAAUACUUGGGAAUGUCUCACUUGCCAAACAGCUUUUUCUAGCAAAGGGAACUGUAAUAUUCAUCUCUUUUUACAGAUUAGGGCAUAACACAAAUUCUGUUAAAACGUCUUUAAGCUAUGAGUUGACAACUGCUCUUUGCAAACUUGGAAGGGAUUCUUAUAUGAAGUAUAGUACUUCGUUCCCGGGAUGUGCCAGGCUUGCUACAUCAACACUUCAUAACUGGAUCCUCCUUUUUACUUUACUUCCCUACUGCUGUAGGAACAAUCAAAUUCAUACCUCAAAUAGUAGCAUUUUAAUUGGUUUCUAAGCAUAUCCCACAGUAACCUAUGAUAAAAUUAAUAGUUUACUAAGUAGCACUGGUGAUUCAAUUGGUUAUGGAAAGAGCUCUUCUACCUUCAGUUCUCUAGAGCAAAGGUGCAUUUUUUUUCCUAAUACACCCAUGUUACAGUGGUAGUUCCUUCAUCAAAAGAUGACAUCAUGCACACAUCCUUAAACACCCAUCAUACACAGUCCAAUUGUGACUGAUGCAUAAAGUGUGCAGCUGUUCUAUUAUCUCACAAAAAUGCAGCUAGUUCCAAUGGAUCAUAAUUAUGAGUGUGAACAAGGCAGGAUAGUCGCACUAAAACAUGGUCCUGAACAUGAGCCAUCAUUCGCCUUGCUAUAAUCAAGUUCCAUCUCACUCAUUCCAAGAACUUAAACACAUAUUCCUAAGCAGUCUCUGUUGAACAGCCUCAUUUGUAACAAGAUGGCAAUUUAAUUUCUCAUGGAAUUGCCCCAUUUUCAUCAAUGACUGGCCCUAUGUAAUGCUUUGUAUACUUGCAGAACAAAUCAGCUUCCCCAUUUUUGGCAUACACCCUCAUAGUUUACUGAUUGCUUCUAGCAGGGAUAAAACACCACAUGGUCUUCAAAUUCUGGUAUUUUGAUUAAAUGUGGAAGAGACAUAAUCUUAAUCGAUGUUCUGUUUACAAAAUACAAGUUUCUUGAGUUCCCAAGAAGUAGAUAUAGUAAUAAUGUUUUUAAAGCUGUAUUCAGGAAUGUUUAUGAAUGAGGAUUGGGAUGCCUUAGGAGAGGUUUGGUAUCUAGCAAUCAUAUCUAUCUGUUACAUUUUUAUUCUGCCUCUGAGGAGCUCUGCUGCAGAGCACAUUUCAUCUGCACAACAAUCUUAUGAAAUAAACUAAAUGAAUGUCCCAAAUCAGUAAGUAAGAUUCAUGGCCAAGCAAGAAUUUAAUACAGAUCUCUCAAGUCCUAGUUCAUUCUAACCCCCAUACCACACUGGCUCCUGUGACUGGAACUACUGCAGAACAGGCUUAAGAGUAUCUUACUUGUAUGAGAGUGAAAAGGACAGUUUAAUUGAAAGUAGAGUUGCUAACAUCUGGCUUCAGACUGAACCAGUGCUUUUAACAGCUUCAGGACAAGUAAUGGUUCAGCUGGCACAAGUUGCAUCAUUGCAAUAGGAAUAGCUAUAUAUCCUGAACCCUUCUCUGUCUCACAACUAUCAAAAACUGUCUUUGAAUUAGGAGCCAACAACACAGUUCAGGAGCUGCAAAACUGACUGAGCAAAGUUGACUUAACAGGUUAAUAUUGCAUGAUCAAUGGAAUAUUUGCACCCUUUGCCCAAGAUCUUUUAGCAAUUUUGUUAUGAAUAUUCACAUUUACAAAAACUAGUGAAUAUGUCAUGAUUUGAACAAAAACUAACAAGUUAGAAUUCCCCUCCCCACAGUGUGUUGGUGCUAAUUGGCUUCAUCCUACUUCUGUUUUACAACUUUUUUUCCCCAAGAGGUGGAUUUAAGCAUAUUCCAAAAUGCUGGUGUGUAUUACUGGCCAGCACUCAUUUCUGUAGGGAUGACGCGGUGCUUUCAUUGAGUGUAGGUCAAAGAGGGUUCUGAACUGCUGUCCUGUUACUCUAGCAAUAACAUAUACUAUUUUUAAUAUUAGUAGUGCUUGUUAAAGCCUUAUAGACGAACUGCUGUCAGUGCUUCAAAACAGUGUACAAGUCUUCAUGGCAGAAGAUGCAGACUACACCUUUUUUUGAGAUUAUAAAGUUAGCAUUGCUUCAUUUGUCAACAACUUGAGUUAUAUAUAAGAUAGCUUUAUUUUAUGACUUCUGAGGUGUAUGUGAUAUUAUUUUGCUUAAUAAUAUUAAACUGUUGUAUAAAUGAAGAUGGACAUCACUGAGUUCAAAAAGACAAGUUGAAAACAUUUUGUCAAGGGAAAUGCUGUUAACUUCCAGUACAAAAGAUCUACUUUCAAGGCUUCCAUGAAAGUCAUUGUGUAGGAGACUCUUUUACAGCCAUAGGAGGAACCAGAACUGUUAAAACUCGUUAGCCCACAGAUUGCAAAAACAACUUGUCCUCCUCUACAGCACAUUGCAUCCUCCAGUCUUCUAGCAAACUCCCUUUCUCCAGUCUGCAAUGUGAACAUGCUAUACUUAAUAUUAAAUGCCAUUCUGUCUGGGGCUAAUGGUGGUAUGAAGGCUCUGGAACAGAUUACAGGAUGGUUUACUGUGAGAUCCAUACACACAUUCACUGCAUGAAACAGGAAAUGUUAGGAACAUGGUUGUCCUUCACAAUGUUAGCUGGAGGGAAGCACAUGAUCUUGAAUUUUUGUGAUAGUUGUCACUAUGUAAUCCACAAACCGUUCUUUAAAUUUUUCUCAGUCUUCUCUUUAAAAAUUUUUGCCAAAUUCAUGAACAGCUUUUUUAACUUGGGAGAGUUUAAAGAAUAACUUGCUGGCUUUGCAAGGGCAGGUGCUGGAUGGGAAAACUCAAUCAUGUUUGUCUGGAUCGUCACUUAUGAAAUCUAGUCUCAUUUUACUCCCAUAUGGCCAAUAUAAUCUAAAGUGCUGUUUCUUUAGGAACAAAGCCAAACAUCUCUUCACUAGGAACAAUAUUUUUUUCCGUUAAGAGUACCAGUCGUAUCACCAGAAAAAUUAAUCCUGAAGAAAUUCAGAAGUACUUCAUUAUUACUAAAAUCUCCUUUACAAAGCAUUCUUUAAAUACAAACUCACUGUUGGCAAGAUAGUAAAGUUCUUGCAAGAGGAGUUCACACACUGUCUAAUUUAUUUGUAUGCUUAAACGCCUUAUUCCUUUUCAAGUUCUCAAAAAAACAUGGAUUCUCUGAUCCAUUUUAGUAAAGAGAUGACCUGCAUCAAAUUUCCUCACCUCUAGAUACCACUAAUGUGAGCAGAUUUAACAGUGCAAUCAGAGUCUGGAGUAACUCUUCUUAAGAUUGCACUGUAAAUGUGUUAUACUGUGACAUUGUUCUUAAUAGUGUAACUGCGUUUUUAUCAUCCCCUUUCUCCAAAGAGUGUAAAAACAAUUUAGAUAUUUUUUAAAAAAAUAAAACAGAAUGAUGCAUGGGGUGAUAUUCUUUUACUGCACUAAGCUUGAUUUGUGAACCACUUUCCUGACAUCCGUACACAAGACAUCACGUGACACAGGCUGUACAUCAGAGUGCAUUCACUCUUAAUACUCCUCAGCUGUGGUGCCCUGAGUGAGAUGCUACAAAACUCUAUAGGUGAGCUACUUUGAGCAUCUACCUGGAUGUGGACAGAAUGCAUUCGUUGCAUCGUUUAUUUUACCUUUCUGCAUUUGUUAUAGAUUUAUUUGAUUAAUUCAACUUAUACAUCACUUGGAAAUGUUGGUUAAAGCUACUGUACACAUUUGACUGUGCACUGAAGGAUACUAUAGACAAAAUAACCAAGCUUAGCCAUCUUUAAAUUGCUCGUCUUAGCAGCUGUCUAAAUGCAUCAUUUAAUGGUGUGGGGACUUGGAGGAAAUGCACUACGUUGUAGGUAACAGCAAUUAUGCUACUGUAUCACCAUGGAAUAACAGCAGAGCACAUUAUAAAGUGAUAAAUUCCAAAGAAGGUAUUUCUUUGUUUGUUUUUUUAAAAGCAUCUCCCUUAUCUUGUGGUCCCUUUAAGGCUAACAAAUGUAUAGGGGUAUGGUCUAGAACUCACUUCAUCCUGAAGUCAUGGUCUAGAACUCACUUCAUCCUGAAGUCUAGGCUCUAGACUCUGCCUACUGAUCCUAAAGAUGAUUUUUGGAAUGAACUUCCUCUGUUUAUUCCAGUCUCCCCUUUCUCAAAUUUUAGACUGGAAGCUCUUUAAGGCAGGAAUCUAUUUGUAUGUGGUCUGUAAAGUGCCACGCCCAAUGAUGGCAGUAUUGAAACAGUAAAAAAAACUUAUGCCACAAUAAAUUUGUUGAUAUCUAAGGCACCACAAGACUUUUCUGAUUUUUUUAAUUUAUUAUUUUCCCAACGGUCUCUUUAUACCUUUGAGAACACUGCUUACUUUCAAACAAUGAACAGUUUUGGUAUAUAAACUAUAUGCCUCCAACAGACUUCAUUUUACAACACUUCAAAUUGCUCUUAAUUUGGUUGGAAACCAAGAAUGGCCAACAAGGUAUCUUAAUUCAUCUUGAUUUCUCAUAACUCAGAUUUCAUGGCUUUAACUUUUAAAGAAAAUCUUCGAAUGAUCAGUUCGAUAGAACUAUGUUGCAGUAAUUAAAGCUGUAUUAUAUGGUUCUACUGGACAGCUAUAAUUUGGCAACAUUCAUUAUUCAGGAAAACAUAAUAGCCAACAUUGAUUGGUAGAUAUCAGAGUAUAGUGACUACAUUUACUUACACAGUAGUUUCUCAAAUCCUGAAUAAACACUACUCAGAAUACAUUCAUUUGGAAAAUUUUGGAAAAACAAGCAGUUAAAUAGUCUUGGGUUCAAAAUUAAUGGAACAUCUCAGUAAUUUAAGCAUUUGCUUUUUUUAAAAAACAUCCAACCUUGUUUAAAAUGGGAAUUAGUUUGUAUAGGAUGGUUGUUUCAUAAUCAUGCGAAAACACCAUCUGCAUUCAAUUCUAGCCUAAGUUACUGUACACUUUAGGUGGGUUGUAAAGCAGCUUGAAAAAUAUGUAAUUAUAAUCAGAACGUCUUACAAAUCUUUUAUCACCAUAGGUACCCACCAUCAUUGCAUGAAAACUGAACUUAUUCAAACAAUAUGCAGUGAAGUUUCGCUGAUUCUGCCUUGCAGAUAACACAAACAUUUGUACCAUAAUUCACCAGCCCUGGUCAACUACUAUAGUACAUUUCCCAGAAGGCCACCUGGAGAAGGCAGUGAAGAACAGUGGGUCAGUACCUUAAAACCCAUCCCUUCUGUAACCUGGUAGCAAGUUCUGUUAUCACGAAUACUGCUGCUGCUAUACCAUUUUCAUCUCUACUUUGGUAACUGAGUAGCCUGACAGCAUCCUUCAGGUGACGGUAUUUGGCUGAGGGCUUUCCAAUUACUAACUGCUAUUUCUGAACACAUUGUCAGGAUGUGGCAUAGUAAGUCAAGUGCCCAUUAAUUCAAGUGAAAUCCCUAAUCAAUACAAGAAGACCACUUGGAACUCUAUAUACUGUACUCCAUAACUGCAAUUAUCAAUAAAAAUAAACUUAUAUUUUAUAUUAAAUAAAGUUCUGGCUUAUUCAGGAAAUAUACAAAAAAAUGCAUGAAUACGGAGGUGGAAGAGGCUGAUAGUUUUAUUUAGCUGUGGUGGAGACUGAUCUUACAGAUUGCCCAUUCAGGUUUUCUUUUCAUGCAAAUAAUCCUAUUCACUGGAUAGUAUGUUGAGGUCUUUGCCUCUUAUGAAGAAUUUUUUGGAUGUAUUUAAAUGCUUUACUGAGAAACAUUUCUGAACUUUAUUAAAAUGUAUAGCUUUGCUUUAAAACAAAGUUAGAGGCGAAUAUUUUAUGCAAUGAAUAUGUUUAGCUGUUAAUGAUUACACCUUACUGUAAUAUUUUUAACACGUACAUGCCAGAACAAAUGUUAUAUUUAGUUGUAAUAUGAGGAAACAACUAUUUUUAAAAUGAAGGCAUUAAUACAGUAUUAUACAUUAGUAACUACAAAUACACUAACCGUUUUGUAAAUUUACAACAGUCACUGUGUUUCCAACCACUGCUUUGUGCUGUAAUCCAUAGUAAGAGUUGAUAUUUGGAUAUUUUUAAAAUAAACAUCUUCUUA